GUGACGGGCGUGGGCGGGCGGGCGCGCGCGUGUGCGCAGGCGCGCGGGCCUUGACUCCCGGUGCUCGGGCGCGCUUCUGUCUUUCGGCGUCGGACAUGGGCACACCGCAGAAGGAUGUUGCUAUCAAGGCAGAUGCACCUGACACCCUGUUACUGGACAAACAUGCCGAUUAUAUUGCCUCCUAUGGCUCAAAGAAAGAUGAUUAUGAAUACUGUAUGUCUGAGUACCUGAGAAUGAGCGGCAUCUACUGGGGCUUGACAGUGAUGGAUCUCAUGGGACAGCUUGAUCGGAUGAACAGAGAAGAAGUCCUGGUGUUUAUCAAGUCAUGCCAGCACGAAUGUGGGGGAAUAAGUGCUAGCAUUGGACAUGAUCCGCACCUUCUCUACACUCUGAGUGCUGUCCAGAUUCUUACUUUGUAUGACAGCAUUAAUGUUAUCGACGUAGAUAAAGUGGUGGCGUAUGUUCAGAGCCUACAGAAAGAAGACGGUUCAUUUGCUGGAGACGUGUGGGGAGAAAUUGAUACCAGAUUCUCAUUUUGUGCAGUGGCAACUUUGGCUCUCUUGGGCAAGCUUGAUGCUAUUAAUGUGGAAAAGGCAAUUGAAUUUGUCUUGUCCUGUAUGAACUUUGAUGGUGGGUUUGGGUGCAGACCGGGCUCUGAAUCUCAUGCCGGGCAGAUCUAUUGUUGCACAGGAUUCCUGGCGAUAACUAGUCAGUUGCAUCAAGUGAACUCUGACUUACUUGGUUGGUGGCUUUGUGAACGACAGUUGCCCUCAGGUGGACUCAAUGGAAGACCUGAGAAGUUACCGGAUGUGUGCUAUUCCUGGUGGGUUUUGGCCUCCCUAAAGAUAAUUGGGAGACUUCACUGGAUUGACAGAGAAAAGCUGCGCAGCUUCAUCUUAGCAUGUCAAGAUGAAGAGACAGGAGGCUUUGCAGACAGGCCAGGAGAUAUGGUGGAUCCUUUUCAUACCUUAUUUGGCAUUGCUGGAUUGUCACUCCUGGGAGAAGAACAGAUUAAACCUGUUAGUCCUGUCUUUUGCAUGCCUGAAGAGGUGCUUCAGAGGGUGAAUGUCCAGCCUGAACUAGUGAGCUAGAGUCACAGAUAGUUGAAGUGUUUAUCAAACCUAGAAGUGACUGUUAAUAUUUUGUAUAUCUCAUGCUAAUGAUAAAUUAUAUAAUUAUAUGUAUUGUAAAGUAAACAUGUAUUUAGAAUGUUUCUGAUAUCUCCAUAACAGCAAAUGAAAGAGCUAGUAUUUAAUUGGUGCCUCCGUGUCCUGUUGACCUGUGACAAUUGUGAUGGCAAAUGAUUUUUGUUAACUGAUAGAGUAAAACUCAAGAUUUAAAUAAAAGAUGAACAAAUUAA